CCCCCCGGCAUACCGCCGCCUGCGCCCCUGGGCGUUGCAGCAGCACAACAAAAAAAGCGGCGCGGGAGAGAGUCGAGAGUCGUUCGUUCGCUCGUUUGUUUGUCUCACUCCUGCGAGUGGGAAAUUUGUUGUUCCACCUUCUUGUGGGCGGCGGGCGGUGGGCGGGGGCGGCGCGUUUGUUUUGAAUUUGCACGCGGUAACAACAAACACAAACUGAACCGAACCGAACUCCGUCUCCGGAUGCAAAUCCGGGUGCACUUGCAGGUGGGCGAGAUAUUCACGGCCGCCGGACAGGCGUUCAGCAGACUGGGCGACCUCACCAUGCAGCUGCAUCCCAACGCGGAGUCACCAUCCGGCUCCCAGAUCCGCCAGGCGCUGAAGAAGAAGGCCUUCGAGGACGCCGGCAUUCCCGCCAAGCAAGUGCCCGUCCAGCAGGUGCAGCACGUCCUCCAGACGCUGCCACCCCAGCAGUCGCAGCCUCAGCCGCAGCCACAGCCACAGCAGUCCCUUCAGCAGACGCCUCCUCAAGUAUUCAAAACACAGCCCAUCGUGCAGCAUGUGCAGUUGGUGGCGCAGCCCAAGCAGAUCAUCCUACAUCCACAGACCACAACCACGACGGGCACGACGGUGACCGUGAAGCAGUACCAGCAGAUGCAGAAGGCGCUUGCGGCGGCCCAGGCAGCUGCUGCCACGGCGGCGGCGGCCAACAACACGCCCACAAUCACGGAGAACAUCAUCAUCCAGCAGCCCACGUCCACUUCGGCGACGGCGGUGCAGCAGCCCCUCGUGGUGUCCACCUGCUCGUCGGCGCAAAUCGUGGUGCCCGUGGUGGUGCCGGCCGUAUCCACAGUGCUCUCGCCCACUGUGGUGAUUGCCGACGAUGUGGUCAGCACUACCUCCACUCCUUCAGCAACGGCGACGACGGCGGGGGCGGGGGCGGGGGCAGGCGGUGCGACAGCAGCAGGAGGAGCGCCAGCAGGGGCAGCAGCGGGCCUGAAGUGCGGACCAGACGUGUCCAUGACCCUCAACCGCAUCAAUGUGCAGGAGAACGAGGUGGACGUGGAGGAGUGCCUGCCCGCGGAGGUGGUCAAGCUGGAUUUCGUCAGCGAGGAGGUGGCCGGGUGAGGUCGGAGCCCCCAGAACGGGCUGGACUUCUACUACUAGAUCUCCGGCCGCUUAACGAAUCACGUAACGUAACUUGGAACAGAAUCGCUACAAAUCUAGAUCGAGAACUCUUUAACAAAACGGUUAAGAUGCCGCCCUAGCCCUAAGCCUAAACUGUUAAGUGUUGUCAUAUUUGAUAUACCUUGAAAUCACCUUGUUCCCGGCCCCGAAAGACAAUUGGAUGGAAGAUGGAUUGUGCGAUGUGCAGCAGGAGGAGGAGUAGUCUGUGGAUCGCCAGCCACAGAGCGUAGAUAUUAAUUGCGGAGCGUAGAUGCUGCGAAUAGACUUAAAUUUACGCAAGACACAAUAGUGCAAAGUACAUAACGACGAUCGUGUAAGCUGAGAGUGAAUAAACGAGCAUUAUUUUAA